CCUCCGCCGCCGGCCGCACCGCUCUCACGGCCGCCGCGGUUGCCGACCGAUCGACACCCUCUCGUGUCAAUCGUAUGCUUGGCCGCGUACGAGCUCGUUGCUUCGCUGAAUAUCGAGAUCGCGCUGCGAAAAAUCAACAUCUAUUUAUAGCCAAUUCCCUCGCAUCGACGUACUGUAGUCUCACGUAAUCUCACCGGACGAAUCUUUUGUAUAUAUUUCUAAUGUUUGCAUAGUAUCAGCGUUGCCGCCGACGCACUGGUUCGCGAUUACCACACCGGACGCGUCUUAGUCUACGGCAGAGUUAUUAUUGAUAGCUGAACUGUUUGUCUCGAAGAGAAAGUGAAUUCCGGUGUUUAAACGUUGUCAAGUUUCCUUAUCGAGACGAUUUCAUAACUGAUUAAUCGUGACAUAUUCGAUUGCACCUGUGAAGUGGCACCAGUUUGAUAGUGCUGAGCCCUUUUGUAUCUUAUGUGUAUAUCGGGAUGUGAUUAUCUGGUGUGUUAAUUUUGUGCGCAGAUGUGUGUUUGUAGCGCCGCCCGCAUUGUCAAGGUUCGGGGAUCGGAUCUCACAUCAGUGUUAUGAGAGUCAGUGUAAAGGCAGGAGAUGUGCACUGCGAACACGACGCUUUACGAGACGUACACUGUAAAUAAAUAAUGACCUAAUUGUAGGUGGCUAACGUCCCUGCUAUUUCGGUGUAUGAUUGAUACGCAUAAGGGCAAGUUUAACUCGGAAGGUUACAACAGUGAAAUAGAUAAAGUGUCAGUGAAAUAAAAAGUGUCGUUUAUCAGAAGUGAAACUUUUCCCAAGUGCAAUGCCCACUUUCAAAGAUUUCUACAGGGCGCUCCCUUUCUCUGCUGCCAACUAGACUGCCUUAACGUCACAUUCGUGAGUUUUAUUUAAAUCUGAUGCGUUAAACGAGUAAACGUACAAGAUAUAUGAAGAAGGUGCUAAUUCAUUACCAAUGAUUUGAUGUGAUAAUGAGUCGGAUUCAGUACGUAAAGAUGCCUCACUAUGACGAAAGUUUUUUUAACGACGACAAUCAAAAUCAAAGGAGAAAUAAGCGGAGUUACCGCGUCUACAAGAACGGUAUAAGUCCGUUAAACAUACUAGAAACUGGCGAUGUUUUGCAAGCGCUUGAAGAGCGGGGAACGUCGGUUAUUAAACGAAAUAUUCGAAAUAUUAAACAUCGAGGCAACAGAUACAAACCAGACUCGAGCCCAUCCCACGUGCAAUAUGCUAAGUACAAAACACAGGACGUACUGGGCAUUCGCACACCGAGAAUCAGCGUAUUCGAUCCGAACAAAUUUUACGAUAUAAGAAACAAUAACAUCCCUCCAUUAAGUUCCUGCAAGAGCUUCGAUAAUUUAACUUUAAAGAAGUCGCGGAACGGCGAUGUGAAUAAGGAGAGAAUAAGAAACGGGACGAGUCUUCAGAAUCUGGUGUGCGACGAGAAUUUGAAGUAUUUCUCGUCUCCUUCUGAAGAGUGUGUGGUGAGUUCUCACAAGGAUGAUGUGGGAAAUUCAUAUUCCGUGGUGGAGGCCCGACGCAGACCUAUGCGCCGUGUGUCGCGCAUCUCGGCCGCGCCCGGCGUCGGCGUCUACCGGCACAUCGGCGACCGCUGUGCUGAAAAGAAGAAUGUAAAGGGCGGCUCGUUGCGCGGCGCCAACAAGUUGGCUCGCCGCGCGCGAUCCUUCAAGGACGACCUGCUGGAGCGCAUCUCCAACAUGCGCUCGCCGGCACAGCCGCAUCAUCCGCCUCACCUCUCCUCCGCUAUCAGAUCACAUUCCCCACUUAGUCCGAAACUUCGGAACAUGGGGCCUAAGACUGUUGCUACCGUUGAAGAAGGUGAGGUCACACCCGCCAAAGAGUUGGAACGACUAGUCAAAGAAGUGACAUUCGGCCUAAAGCACUUCUCCGAUGUGAUAACAAAGAGAAAACUGGAAAUGUUGCCGGACAACGGGACGAUAGUAUUCGAAUCGAUAGCGAAUAUACAUAAAGCAAUAAAGCCGUACUGCAGUCGGUCGCCGCAGCUGACCGGCGCGGUGAGGAAGCUCUGCACCGCGCUGGCGAUGCUCAUCAGGUUAUGUGAUGAGGUGACUGUGGCGAGUCUUCGUGCGGAUGCCACUGAUGAAGAACUGGAUAUGUCUGCUGCGGCGUUAUCUCCGGACCAUGUCAGCUCAGUGGUGAAGGGGGUCACUUCAGCAGUGGAGGAGGUGGCAGCGCUGGCGCAGCAGCAUAUGACGAGACCGGCCUUGUCACCUAGACCACCUCUCGUCUCGCCGCGCUCUACGCAGAGGAAUUCUUUGCCUGAUAUACCUUUAACGCCUAAGGAAAGAUCUCUAUUAACUGGUGAGAGUGGUAGCGAGUGUAGCGGCGUGCGCGCCUCGCACUCCUCCGAGUCCGUGCUGGACGCGCCCGACUCGCCGCCGCCCAAGCCCGCCAGGCCUAUCAGGAAAAUCGAGUUAGCCCCGCCCCUGCCCCCGAAGCGCAAGUCCGCCAACGACAACUCCCUCCUAGCACUAUCCAUUGACAGACUGUCCCUGCAGUCUCACAGCAGCGGCUCUCUGGACUCCAUGCUGAACGUGUCCAACGACGACGAGCGCACGCACGACUCCAUCAAUAACGACCAAGUGUUCGUCACGCCGCCAAACUCUGACUUAGUCGGCAUGUGCAGUUGUAACAGCGCCAACGAGAUCCGCACGUCGAUGGAGUCGCACGAGAUGCACGUUAACAACGUGCACACGCACUCCAACCACAACCGUUUUUCGAAUGAAUCCGGUUUCGUGUCGGUGGGUCACUCUGAGAUGUCGACGGAGCAUCUGUUCACGUCCACCUUCUCGUCACAUCUCUACUCCAGUCACACGGACAGUAGUUGUGAAAGUACAGAGUAUGUGAGCGAGGUGAAAUGCACGCUGCAAAGCUUUGAGGGCCGCAUGAAUGUGCUCAAUAUGAACACCGUAACCUCUCACCAUUCAUCCAAGCUGGCCAGCAUCACGUCCCAGAGCCCGGUGUGCUCGCUGCACGGCGAGGCGCGGCCGCACACGCUGGCCGACCACCACCCGCCGCGCCCGCCGCCGCUGCCGCUCAAGAAGAAACACAUGUUCCAAAGCGUCGCCUACAGCGUUAUGGCUUACAUGGAGAUGUUCGGGAACUGCAGCCAUCCGCCUAACAGCGUCGCCGCGCCAUCGGAUAUGUUCCGUCACUCCAUACACACUUACAACUUGGCCAGUGCACAGCACAGCGCGGCCGGUACAAUCAGCGUUCAGCGUCACAAGCAGGUGCAAUGCUCUAUCGCACAGUCCUUCACCUUGCAACACUUUGGUACACCUCCUGCACUUAGUGGUUCCGAUGAGAGCAUGGUGCGUAAGUCGGCGGGUACCAGCCCCGCCGCUCUGCCGCCUGCAUUGCCGCCUAAGAUGAGUAAAAAACAGAUGCCAGUGACGUCCAGCAACGAGCUGCUGCCGCCGGCCUCGCCGCGCCCCUCCUCACACAACAGUUCUACAGACGAAUCUCUCAUCAAUAAUGUGAGUUGUGAGGAAUUGUACAUGAGUUCGAAUACACCUGGCAAAUUUCCGCUGGAGGACGAGCUGGAGACGAUCGUGCAGGCGCCCGUGCCCACGCCCUCGCCAGCGGGCGCGGCGGAGGGCGUGUCGGAGGGCGCGGACGACAUCAUCCUGCAGAGCGAGGUGGGGCAGUGGCUGCUGCUGCGCGACCGCGACAAGGAGGGGCCCGAGGUGCGCGGCGGACACCCCGACGCGCUCAUCGUGCUCGCCACCAAGGCCACCAAAGAGACGGACGAGCACUUCGCAUACCAGGAGGCGUUCCUGGCGACGUACCGCACGUGGGUGUCGCCGCGCGCGCUGAUCGCGCGGCUGGUGCGGCGCGCCCGCCACCUGCGCGCACGCACGCACGACCCCAGAAUCGUAGCUGAUCUCACUAUGGCCGAUCUGGAUCGUCCAUUAAUGCAAGAGAUAAUGGAGUUCAUCUACUGGCUGGUGGACGCGGAGGAGCUGCCGAUCGCGAAGGCGCUGCGGCAGAUACUCGUCGAUAAACAGAAACAAUUACAUUUCCAACAGUCGAACAACCGGUACGAGUACGAGACGCCGUGCUACGGCGCGGUGUCGCUGCGGCGCGACACGCUGCUGGAUUUCAAGGCGGGCGAGGUGGCGGAGCAGAUGACGCUGCUGGACGCGGCGCUGUUCGUGCGCAUCUCCGCCGCAGAGGUGCUCUCCUGGCCGCGCGACCAGUCCGAGGAGAGCUCGCCCAACCUCACGCGCUUCACCGAGCACUUCAACAAGAUGAGCUACUGGGCGCGCUCCAGGAUACUCGAACAGGAGGAGGGUCGAGAGCGCGAGAAGUACGCGAGCAAGUUCCUGAAGGUGAUGAAGGCGCUACGCAAGAUGAACAAUUUCAACUCGUACCUGGCGCUGGUGUCGGCGCUGGACUCGCCGCCCGUGCGCCGGCUGGGCUGGCCGCGCGCCAUCGCCGACGCGCUGCACGACCACUGCGCGCUCAUCGACUCCUCGCGCUCCUUCAGCGCCUACCGCACCGCGCUCGCGGAGACGCAGCCGCCCUGCAUACCUUACAUUGGUCUAGUCCUGCAAGAUCUGACAUUCGUGCACAUCGGCAACCCCGACCUGUUGCCUAACGGCAGCAUCAACUUCACCAAGCGGUGGCAGCAGUAUCAAGUCAUGGAGAGCAUGAAGAGGUUUCACAAAGAACAGUACAAGUUCAAGAAGAACGAGCGCAUCCAGGCGAUGUUCAACGGGUUUGACGACGUGCUGAGCGAGGAGGCGAUGUGGCAGGUCUCGGAGAGCAUCAAGCCCCGCGGCGGCCGCGCAAGGAACGCCUCCCAGCCCUCGCCGCCCGCCACCGCUAACGCCAACGCCAGUGCUAACGCUAACGCCAGUGCUAACACCAACGCCAACGCUAACGCCAACGCCACCGCACAGACCGCUGCAUAGGCUUUAUACUAUAAAUGGUAUACACUAAUCCAAAGAAUAUAAUAUUGAAAGACAUCAGUGAAGAUGUGAGAACAAUGUACACGCAAGGAAUUGUAACUUUCAUAAUGUGAUUAUCUGUCCUAAAAUGGCCUAAUUAUAUAUAUAGUGUUUGUGAAUAAAUGACGCUAAUUGUCAACUGUGAUCGCUCCGAAGGGCGAAUGUGAUGUGGCAGGAUACAAAUCGAACGGCAGACAUAAUAUAUACAAGCCACCGAUAAAUUUUGAACUUCGUCACUUUGUAAUUGAACUAGGAGUGUGGUAAUAUUGUGAAACUAGCCAAUUAAUCACAGUUUCAUAAAAAAACCGUUUCCGAUUCGAAUACAAGGCUACAGUUGUUUCUUGAGAAAUGACACUAAUAAUAAGUUUCUAGUGAGAUCAUAAAAUGAUGAAUUUCACAAUCGAUCGGUGUUCCAGUCUUUACUCACAUCCACUUGCAAAUAACUGUAAAGUCUUUACAUAUCAGCGCGUGACUUAAAUAGUACAAUAAAACAUUCGCCGCUAGCUCUGUUGUAGAUAUCAUAUUAGCCUUUACUCCGUCGCGAUCACAAUGUCUCUACAAUUUGAAAGGUUUUCAUGUUUAUUUUCAUAUAUUUCUAAAGUGUUUUUUUUUUAAAGUUAAAAAGAGUGUAUUAUGUUCCUAAACAUAAAUAUGGGAAUUUUUAAUAGGUUUUUGAAUUUCUAAAAUAUUUUUUUGACAAUUGUAUUAGUCUUUUUUGUCAUUUAGUAAAAAAAGCGGAGGCACUUGUGAGUCGCAAAUAUUACAUGUAUCGCGUUUUAUAUUAACUUGAAGUUAUUUAACUUCACAAUACAUCGAAUUAGUGAAAGCACUUUCAAAGUUAGGUUUAGCUUAAGGGCAUCGGUGUCUACUCGAGUAAUAAGUAUUUACAUUUCAAAUAAAAAUGUGUGUACAAAAUCAUAACAAAAGUAUAGAUUUUGUCAAAAAAUCUAAGAUAAAGUUUCUUUGCACGACGUAACUUUGACCUGUUUAAAUAUGACGUGGUUUUAUACACAUUUUUAUUUAAAACGCAUUAUAUUUUCACUAAACGUAUUAUUUAACAUUAAAAAAAGACAUGAAAUAUCAACAAAAUGGGAUUAUUUUCUUAAGUGAAUAAGGGCCUAAAUAAUUAUGAUAUUAAUUAAAAAGGUCCUAAAAAAUGUUUGUUGAAGAAGUACAAUAUAUCUGAGGCACGGCACUUUGUAGAGACAAUUAUGUUUUUAAAACGCGACGCUAUCUUCUUUAAAUUCUUAUCGAUAUAGGUCGAAAGGUACUGACUAAAUUAUUUCUUUUUUUUGUGUGUAAAAUUUUAACAAACAAUUAUGUGUUUCUUUUCAAGUAUGAGCACAAUAAUUAGUUAUUUUAUAUGCGCCAGAGUAGCAUAGAACUGUCGUAUUGUCCAAGUACUCUCUUCAUUAUAGUCUCAAUAUAUUGUGUGGCUGUUUAACAACUAUGAUAUAUUACUGUCUCUAUCAUUCACUUUGAAAACAACAGAGAUAAAACAAGUGUAAUGAUUUGAAAUUCAUCUUCGCGUAUUUUUUUAAAUUUGUAACGCAUUUUAUUUUUGAUAAAUCAGAAUUAUAUUUUUCUUAUGAAAUUACUCUACAAGGGUGAUGUAAAAUUUAGAAACUUCGAAAUCUAAGUCGUUCAUAGAUAUAUGAGUCACGAUUCGUGUCAUAAAACUAUAAGCGUUUGUAAUCAAUACUUUCUCUUUGGUAGUGCGAAUAUUCAAAUUUUAGAUUUCAAAUAUUAAUAAAUAAAAUAACUAGUUGACCAUUGUUUUGCCUUAAGACGGUCGUCAGUAAGGAAUAGCAAUAAUGUUUCUAUUAGUAGGUUUUCUGCACAUUUGUGAUACUCGUUAGAGCGUUGCUUACUCGGCUGACGCUCUCUACGCAUAGACAAUUAUAUUAGGCGAAUGUAGCUAGCGGUAAGCUUCGAGAUAACCCCAACAUAUACUCUGUUACAAAUAAAGAAAACUUUGUAAACGUACAUAUAUCGAUUUCCACUACAUUUUUCUUUUUGAAAAUACAAUAAACUUGUUUGUAUCGUGGAAAGUGACCUUUACUGUAGUAAAUGGUCAUUAUUUUAUUUAAUCGAAUUGUGAAAUUAAAAAGAAAUGUCGGUUUAAAUGUAUGAAUCGUAACAAGUGAUCCUUUAGUUUACAAGGUUUAAUUCUUUAUUUGAAACACAGUAUACACAUUUUGCAUUAGGCUGAAACGUGUACAGUCAGCGUCAUUUUAGGUGUAAAUUUAUUUAUUUGUACAUUUAAUUCCAAUAGAAGUGUAAUAUAUUUGAUGUCAUAAAAGUACAAUUUAAAUUCUAGAUUAUUACAGGAUUCAAAUAGUAUAUUUAAUUUGUAAAAUAAAAUAAAACUGCGAUAAUUACUGCCAGUGGUAUGUUACAUCUAUGAGCCGCUGACUGUACUGUAUUGUCUUUUUGAAUAUAUUAUUUGAUACGUCAAAUUUUGUAUGUAUUCAUUAAGACAAUACCAGACGAUAGUAUAGAUAAUUGUUUUAUUUAUAGCUACUGUACUCGCACAUGUCGGAAUGAAGGGCAUGCAUGCUUCUUAUGAUAGUGAAUAUGUUAGGAUAUUUUUAUCAUUCCGACUUAGUGCGAAGGACGACGGCGGUAACGCAGGAUCUUUUAUCAAAUCAAUUUUUAUUAAUAACAAUCAAAAUCUCGACGUUUAAAGUAAUAUACUUCUAGUUUAGAUGUUGCAAUUUAAAAAUUGUACUACUACUUUUGACGUCGAGUGUAAUUGAUAAAGGUUUUAACAAAAAAAGAGUUGAAUUUAAAAUUUUAACAUUGUAUUGUGUUUAAACAAUGAAAUUAAAAUGAUGAGACGCCACAGUUCGUAUGACAUCUUAAUAUUUUUAAUGGCCUAUUAAUAAAAGAUCCUGAAUUAAAGUUAUUAAUAGUUGAAAAUGAUGUAAAUUGAAAUGUUUGUACAAUUGGUCAUUUUCAAUGUACAAGAGAUGUUUCAUUGUGCUCUUAUGUAACCGCAACGAUUUUAUAGUUCUUUGUAUUGAAGGGACGCGAAGUCCUAUGCAAUAAUGACUAGACCAAUAUUUAGAAUGUUUUACAGUGCUUUACAAAUACUAUUAGCUGGUUUUGCAGUUUAUAUAAGGAUUUUCGGUGUUGUUCAGUUGAUAGACGUUACCAUUUCUGUUGGUUUACUGCGCGGUUCGGUGUUAAAUGGAAUAUAUUAAAGACUGCCUAAAUUUAUAACUCAAUAUAAUCGAUGUGUAAAUUAGUGAUGGGUUUGUUUAGGAGAACGCAAUGUGUCCGCGGCCUGCAACAGUUCAACAAGAUUUUGGUAAAGUUCAGUUGAACUGCGUACAUAUUUUUGUUGUAUUAGCAACUUCAGUAUUAUAUAAAUGAGAAUGCCAUAAUGUACGAAAUGGAUUUAUUAUUUUUUUGUUUAUUAUUAUUAUGGAAUGUUUUGCGUUGUACACGGUACUGUUUAUUUUUUUUAGUUGUAAGUAUUUUAAUGAAUCCGUUAGUAUUGUACAUUACGUGUAACCACUGUAUCUGAACCGCAUGCAUGUACAGUUUACAUUUUGUGUGUCAAGUUUUCAUUUUGUAAUUAUUUUGUAAUAUAAAUAUAGCACGUUAUUUACAAUAA